AUGCAGGGAGGAGAAAAAAGGACCGCACGUAAGGUUUGUGACCUUGAUGAAAGCGUUGGACACAGUGAGCGGAAAGGGAAUGCGAAUGAUGAUGAACGCCUGGACUGCCCACAACGUUCCUCAGCAGGGUCAUCCAAAUGCACAAAACCAGCGCGGGCAAUCACUUUAUAUCUAUUUAUCUAUCUAUCUAUCUAUCUAAAUAUCUAUCUAUCUAUCUCAACUGAUAACCGUAUAUAUUCUACAUUGUAUUUUAUUUUAUCGAUCUAUCUAUCUAUCUAUCUAUCUAUCUAUCUAUCUAUCUAUCUAUCUAUCUAUCUAUCUGUCUGUCUAUCUAUCUAUCUAUGCGCUUCGCACUGCCCACCUCACCGGUCUCUUGAACAGAAAGAAUGGCCAGCCAACUCCACUCUUAACAUCUAUCUAUCUAUAUCAGUCUGUUCAUAUCUAUCAAUCUAUCUAUCUAUGUAUCUAUCUAUCUAUCUAUCUAUCUAUUUGUUCUAUCUAUUUCAGUCUGUUCAUAUUAUCUAUCUAUCUAUCUUCUAUCUAUCUAUUUUUUAUCUAUCUAUCUAUCUAUAG